GUUUGUCUCUACUUUGUGUAUAAGCCUACGCGAGCAGGGAGACAGAUGGAUAUUUGGUGAGAGAAACUCAUCGGAGCUUCCGUCUACACAAGAGCUUCCGCUUCUAGGGUUUCUCUCGCCCUUCUGGUCUGUUAAUCAACCAUAAUCUGCCUCAACAGGUUUUCUUUGCAUAUUUGGGAGGAGAUGCGGAGGUAAUUGUGCUAAGAGUGAUGAGGAAUAAACUUGUUACUCAUAUUGGGAGUCAGGUAGUGAGUGAGAAAGUAGUUCUUGAAUCAAGGGUAUUGCAUAGAAGGGACUAAGAUGCUAUUUGGCGUCCUCUCAAAGCUGAACAACCCAGUUGUUUGUGCUGAUAUUGGUAGAGCAAUAGUUGGGCAACAAGUGAAGGCUAGCGUGAAGAAUUCUGGGCUCUCUUUUAACACUGGGGGUAGGAAGAGACCUAUGGCUGCUUCUGGUUCGAAACCUGUCUUUGGCGAUGUACAUAUAGAUGACAUGAUUUCAAGCUGUGGGAAUGACGUGGAUUUUGCAAAACCUGGUGGUGUUUAUUUUACUGAUAGAAUUCAUAAUAGUUGCCAAAAAGCUACCAUUAGUAUGAGAAGUCGAAAACCGCCAAUCAGUCGUCUGGUUUGUGGGCACUCUAUGGUGCCAAGGAAUUAUGACAUUGGUCCACUUUCUGCCUCGUUCAAAAAUGUCCAUACUGCAUCCCCUUUGUGUUUUGCUGCCGGGGCUGCUCAUGAUUUGUCAUUUGAUGGCAGUUCACUACAUGAACAGCCUCUGAAGUCCACGGUUUCAUUCAAUCAAACAUUGAAGCUGCUUUCAGGAUCCUGUUACUUGCCGCAUCCCGACAAGGAAGAAACUGGGGGAGAAGAUGCUCACUUUAUGUGUGUAGAGGAGCAAGCCAUUGGAGUAGCAGACGGUGUGGGUGGAUGGGCAGAUGUAGGCAUUAAUUCAGGAUUAUUUUCCCGUGAACUUAUGUCUAAUUCGGUGGCUGCUAUUCAAGAGGAGCCUAAAGGUUCUAUUGACCCAGUGAGGGUAUUAGAGAAGGCCCAUUCAGGCACAAAAGCCAAGGGUUCCUCAACUGCCUGCAUCAUUGCUCUUACUGAAAAGGGACUGAAUGCCAUUAAUUUGGGUGACAGUGGAUUCAUAGUGGUUCGUGAUGGAUCCACCAUCUUUCAAUCCCCAGUGCAACAACAUAGCUUCAAUUUUACAUAUCAACUGGAGAGUGGUAGUACCGGUGAUCUACCAAGUUCUGGUCAGGUUUUUACCAUUUCUGUGGCCCCUGGUGAUGUUGUCAUUGCUGGAACGGAUGGCUUAUUUGACAACCUGUACAACAACGAGGUUACUGCUGUUGUUAUUCACGCAUUAAAAGAGGGCUUAGAACCCCAGCUGACAGCUCAGAAGAUAGCUGCUUUGGCACGCCAUCGGGCGCAGGAUAGGUACCGGCAGACCCCAUUUUCUAAAGCUGCUCAAGAUGCUGGAUUCCACUACUAUGGUGGUAAGCUUGACGACAUUACUGUUGUUGUUUCUUAUGUAACUAGCUCCAUGAAUGUAUGAAUGGCUCUUUAUGUGUGCGGCUUACUUACUUUCCUUGUAUUACAGAUUUUUUGGUAAGCCCCUUAGUUCUGAAUUUUGAAAUAAAAAUUAGAGGCAGAUUGUUGCUUGUA